AUUGAGAUGGAUAAGAGGAAUUGGUUGUGGAAAAGGAGACCUUCUGAGAAGAGCCUUGGUGAAACUGAGAGUUCUGGUUCAUUAUCUUCACAUUCAGAGAGACAUUCUGAUGAACAGGAUCCAUUAAAAAAAACUCCAGAUAAUGACAGCCAAUCACCGGAAGUAACCUCAAAAGCUGCAACUAUUGGGCAUGAAGCCAAGGAAAGUCCAAAGAAGCUGAUAGAGAAGUUAUCAGCUGCUCUAGUUAAUGUUAGUGCAAAAGAAGACUUAGUUAAGCAACAUGCUAAAGUGGCAGAAGAAGCCGUUGCGGGUUGGGAAAAGUCAGAAAAUGAGGUUGCAGUUCUAAAGCAGCAACUUGAGGCAGCUGAGCAGCAGAACUUGACUUUGGAUGUUCGCGUCAACCAUCUUAAUGGUGCUCUGAAGGAAUGUGUCAGGCAGCUGAGACAAGCUAGAGAUGAGCAGGAGCAAAGAAUUCAAGAGACUGUAGUAGAGAAGGAAAAAGAAUGGGAGUCCGAAAAAGCUGCACUUGAAAAUCAGCUACUUGAGCUCCAGAGUAGAACUGAUUCUCCUGUUUGUACUGAUCCGAACGUUCUUGUCAGGCUCGAGUGUCUAGAGAAGGAGAACACGGCUCUCAAACUUGACCUUUCUUCUCAGUCAGAGGAGUUGCAAAUUAUGAUCAUAGAAAGGAACUUGAGCACCCAAGCUGCAGAAUCUGCUAGCAAGCAGCAGCUAGAAACCAUAAAAAAGGUGACCAAGCUUGAAGCUGAAUGCCGAAGACUACAAGCCUUGGUUCACAAAUCAUCCCUACUUAGUGGACAAAGAUCCUUUGAGUCUUUCAGCUAUAGUCAAUCUGGCAGUGGAGAGCGACUGAAGACAGUCGAUAUUGAUAGCCACAUGAUGAGCAAACCGGAAACAAGUAAACCUGAACAAAGUUGUUCUGACUCAUGGGCAUCAGCACUAAUUGCUGAGCUCGAUCAAUUUAAGAAUGAAAAAGCUAUGCCUAAAACUCUUGCUGCCCGGUCUUUGGAAAUAGACAUGAUGGACGACUUCUUGGAGAUGGAGAGACUCGCUGCAGUAUCUGAAACUGCGAAUCAAACCUCUUCAGUUACAUCUGAUGAUGUUGCCAAUGACUCAUCUACUGAGACCAUUUCACAAAGGGUGGCUGAAUUAGAGCAAAAGCUGGAGAAGAUUGAAGCAGAGAAAGCUGAACUGGAGAAUGCUUUAAGUGAGAGCCAAGAUGCCUUUAAGGCGUCCAACUUGCAGCUUAAGGAAGCUCAAAUCAAGUUAGAAGAGCUACAGAAGGAGCUAGAUGCAGUGAAUGAGUCAAAAGAGUUGCUUGAGUUUCAACUCUUUGGGCUGGAAGUAGAAGCACGGACUAUGUCUACAGACAUUGAAUCUUUAAAGACAGAAGUCGAAAGAGAACGGUCCUUGUCAUCUGAUAAGGAAACUAAGUGCCAGGAAUUGGAAAAUGAACUAAAAAUAAAAUCCCAAGAAUUUGAACGAGAACGAUCCUUGUCAUCUGAUAAAGAAACUAUGUGCCAGGAAUUGGAAAAUGAACUAAGAAGAAAAUCCCAGGAAUUUGAACGAGAACGAUCCUUGUCAUCCGAUAAAGAAACUAAGUGUCAGGAAUUGGAAAAUGAACUAAGAAUAAAAUCCCAGGAAGUCGAAAGAGAACGAUGCUUGUCAUCUGAUAAGGAAAUUAAGUGCCAGGAAUUGGAAAAUGAACUAAGAAGAAAAGCCCAGGAAUUUGAACUUCAGCAAGCUUCCAGUUCAAAUUGUGAAUCAAAAAUAAAACAGGAAGAUUUAGCUGUAGCUGCUGACAAGCUUGCAGAAUGCCAGAAAACAAUCGCAUCUCUUGGAAAGCAGCUUCAAUCACUAGCUACUUUAGAAGAUUUCUUGAUAGACACAGCAAAUCUUCCUGGAUUUUCUGGGGGAGGAUCAGUUGUGGCUGGAGCUAGUGGAGAGGAAUGGAAGUUGCAUGUAAAUGAGACAUUUACCCCGAAAUGCAAUUCAGAUACUUCAAAGAUUGAGAAUCCUAGUAAUUCUAAUGGAAAUGAAGGAGAAUCAUCCUCUUCUUCGUCAUCAUCUACUUCAUCAGUUACUCAGGUGACAAUUUCCAAAAGUAGAAAUGGUUUUGGAAAGUUGUUUUCUCGAAGUAAGAGUGGAAUUCAACUCUAAACUACAUGAGUUGAUUUAAGUUCUAAAAUCAAAAGGGAUAAUACAAGAUGAAAGCCGAGAUGCACAUGUCAGUGAGGAUUCAUAUAACCGAUCCCAACUUACUUGA